UCAGUUCACCCUUUAAUUAACCCUUCUUUAGUUCUUUUGUUUUAUUUUCAAUUAAUAUGGUGGUGACUAUCAUAAAGUGCUUUGAAAGAACAGAGAUUCAAGGGUCACAACUUCUCAUUUUUCUAUAUGUUUCCUUUCACAAUAUUGUCAAAAUUCCAAUUUGUUGCAAAUUCAAUAUUCCUUCUUUGUCACAGUUUUCAAGAUCCAUGCGAUAAUGAGGGAAUCAUAGCAUGGUAUCGGAACUAAAGUCACAGGCAAUCGGCAAUUUUGGUGCAUUUACCUGCCAAAUUAAUUUUCUCUCAUUCUUUUAUAUUCUUCUAAAAUCAUUUAAUCAUUAUUCUAAUAUUGUGUGCUCUCUGAAGAAUUUAAUUAUAAAAUGAGGUACAUAAUUGCAUGCUAGUACUUAUAGAAUGACGUACCACAAUUAUUGGCAAAAGAAUAAAAAAUAACUUACAUCAUAAAGCCUCCAAAAGAAGAAAUUAGAGAACAAUUUUGAAGCGUAAACCAUUUUAUUAACAGUAAUAUAUCACAAGUGCGUAUCUUAAGCACUGGAAUGAAACAAGCUCGAUCGGUUUAUUCCACCUCUUUCCAAGGCCUAUAAUAGCAUUUCUUGGUGCCAUUUUCUUCAGAUUAUAUGGAUAUACUGCACCAGCACCACCAGGCCUCAACCAUGUCUUCUUCAACUUCAUCACAUGCAAUUGGAAGUCCUUGGAUGCAGUUUUGUCAUUGUGGAAAAAGGGCACCAGUGAAAACAUCAUGGACUGGUGAAAACAUAGGGAGGAGGUUUUGGGCGUGUGAAAAAUAUGGGGUUGAUGAUACUUGUGGAUACUUUGUUUGGCUUGACCCUCCUACAUGUGCACGUGGUAGAGAAUUGCCGCCUUUGCUUAGAGAGAAGAUAGAUAGUUUAGAGAAGGAGGUGGCAGCAGCCCAUGCAAAGGAGAAAAAUGAUCGUAUUAAUACGAAAGACGGGAUGAUAGUGUGUUUUUGUACUUUUGCUGUUAUUGGGUUGGUGUUUAUGAUCACAUUACGAAUGAUAGGAUGAUAUUUAUGUACUCUUAACAACUAGAUUUACUUUCUUUUUCUUUUCUUUUCUUUUUUAAAUAAAUCUAGUGAAAUAAAAAAAUGUCACUCUUCCAC